GCCUGGCCGGAAGGAGGCAGCGGGAGGGCGGGAGGCAGGAGCGGGCCCGGAGCUGAAGGGCUGGAGCGGCGGUGCCGCCAUGUCCGACAGCGAGAAGCUCAACCUGGACUCUAUCAUCGGGCGCCUGCUGGAAGUGCAGGGCUCGCGGCCUGGAAAGAAUGUGCAGCUGACAGAGAACGAGAUCCGUGGUCUGUGCCUCAAGUCCCGGGAGAUCUUCCUGAGCCAGCCCAUUCUUCUGGAGCUGGAGGCACCCCUCAAAAUCUGCGGCGACAUCCACGGUCAGUACUACGACCUGCUGCGGCUGUUUGAGUACGGCGGCUUCCCACCAGAGAGCAACUACCUCUUCCUGGGGGACUACGUGGACCGGGGCAAGCAGUCUCUGGAGACCAUCUGCCUGCUGCUGGCCUAUAAGAUCAAGUACCCCGAGAACUUCUUCCUGCUUCGUGGGAACCACGAGUGUGCCAGCAUCAACCGCAUCUAUGGCUUCUACGAUGAAUGCAAGAGACGCUACAACAUUAAACUAUGGAAAACCUUCACCGACUGCUUCAACUGCCUGCCUAUCGCGGCUAUCGUGGACGAGAAGAUCUUCUGCUGCCACGGAGGCUUGUCCCCGGACCUGCAGUCCAUGGAACAGAUUCGGCGGAUCAUGCGGCCCACGGACGUGCCUGACCAGGGCCUGCUGUGCGACCUGCUAUGGUCAGACCCUGACAAGGACGUGCAGGGCUGGGGCGAGAACGACCGUGGGGUCUCCUUUACCUUCGGGGCUGAGGUGGUGGCUAAAUUCCUGCACAAGCACGACUUGGACCUCAUCUGCCGGGCACACCAGGUGGUAGAAGAUGGCUACGAGUUCUUUGCCAAGCGGCAGCUGGUGACACUUUUCUCAGCUCCCAACUACUGUGGCGAGUUCGACAACGCGGGUGCCAUGAUGAGUGUGGAUGAGACCCUCAUGUGCUCCUUCCAGAUCCUCAAGCCCGCCGACAAGAACAAGGGGAAAUAUGGGCAGUUCAGUGGCCUGAACCCGGGGGGCCGGCCCAUCACUCCACCCCGCAACUCCGCCAAAGCCAAGAAGUAGCCUCCCUGGGCCUGCCCCUCUGCCCCGGAUGAUGGAUUGAUUGUACAGAAGUCACGCCGCCAUGAGGGGUCGGCCGGCCUCGUGGGCCCACCCGUCAUGGGGAACACAGAGCCUUGGUAUUUUUUUUUUUUUUUUUUUUUUUUUUUAAUGAAUUAAUAGCAGUGUCUGAUCCCUCAGGACUCCCUCCCGCCUGUGCCUGUGGUGGCUGCUGGCUGGAGCCUGGGGUUGAGGUUGCAGCUCAGGGCAAAGGAGGGCCAGAUCGCAGUCUCCAGCCUUGCCUGGCCUCAGGGCUGGCAGCCGGAUCCCGGGGCAACCCAUCUGGUCUCUUGAAUAAAGGUCAAAGCUGGAUUCUC